AUGGGAAUCCCCUUGCGCGAUAUAAGACCUUCGGACCCACAUGGGGAUGAUGAUGACCGAGAGCAGCUUUUGACAGGCACCGGCUUCGAGAGCAGCAAGACGCAGUCGCCGGGAACCCCCAAGUUCGUUGGACCAAGGCAUAUGAUGCGACACUUCUAUCUCCGCAAUGCUGUAGCCAUCUUGACUCCAACAUUCGUUACGGCGUACUUCGUAUUCAUAUGGGUGUAUUAUCUUCAAAACAGCAGCCCAGUCCAGUUCGGACCCCAAUAUGCUCUCUUCGUGUUCUAUUCCUGGUUCAUCAUCAGCACUGUCGGGUUGAAUCUUGCAAAGUUCGGCAUGGUUGGUGUGGAAGCAGCUAUGCUCAUGGAACCUCCAUGGGCGGCGAAGAACGCGAUGCAGCUGAUGGCUCACUGCGAACACACAUGGAGCGGUCCAAGUGGCUGGAUGGAGCUAGCCAAAAAUACGUUUUUACAUUGGUCUGGAAAGAAACGAAUCACUGUAUGGCCUUCCAGGACCUGGUACUAUCUUGCAAUGCUGAGUGCAAGCGCUUUCAUCGCCAUCCCAAUAUCGGGUUUAUGCAUGGAGCCGGGCGAUGGUCAUGUGCACUCGCAUGACGAAGCACGUGUUAUGGGGAAGAACUUCGAGAACUUCAACGCACGCCUAGGUAACGACCCAGUCGCAAGGGCUACCCUCGGAUGGAGCAUUUCAGUGACGCCUCGACUCCCUCGACUUGGACUAAUCUACACACUCAACCCCGGUCGCAGGCAGGACUAUCUCGAAGAAACCCCGAACACGCUUCCUACGGAGGAUGGAAUCGAGGAGGCGUUUCUGCCAGUCCAGGCAGAGCGGCCUCUCACAGGAAGAGCGUGGGGUCUUGCUCUUCGCUAUAACUGCUCGAUCGUUCAAACCGCAUCUGAGUUCGGUAUUCUCAAGUUUCGGAAUGACUCGCGUCUUGAGCCUAUUCUGCAACCACCCGCCAGAAGAGUGGGGACAUACGAUGAACCUGAGGCGUUAGCUAGCAUUCAUAUGCAUUAUCUGGAUUUCACACGUAGAAACGUCAACGUGCGUUUGGCAAUCGGCAGCACAGCAGGAUAUCUCCCGAGAGUGAGAUUCACACAGGAUCUCCCGGGCAGUGGCAUCGGCUAUGCCGGGAACGCUGCCAAAGCAUAUCCCGGACUUGAGGUAGAGGAAGUACUUGAGUUUCAAUUGUGGCAGCAGCUCAACACUACAGUUGAAGGCCUCACUAAGGUCGAAGGCGUUGAACUACCGCUAGCGUCGGAUUUCUUUAACAGUUCUAUCGACUACCCAAUCGCCGGCGUCUCUGCGCCAGCGAACCUCACAGAGGCUAACCUCAUUGGCUUGAGAUGCACUUCAUCAUCAGCUGUGGGUACAGCGGAGAUCGAUGGGGCUUACGUUACUUAUAAGAACUUUCGACGCACUGAUACGGCCACUCCGGAAGGAGCCUUCUCGAAUCAGAAGUUUGCACCCAGAUUGUCUUGGGCGAUGGACAAUGUUGUUACAGGCCUGAGUACGACGGGAGGCCCUUUCGAGGAGUUCGACUGGUACGCGGCGCUCUUCUCGUCAGUCGAGCGCACACAACCAACCUUCCCUGCGGAGUUCGGGAAAGGCCUUAUCGGCAAACUGCAGCAGUCGUACCUGCAGGCGGAAGAGCUCCGUCGCUCAGUCCUCCGUGCUCACGCAACCUACGCGCUGCAGCUCAUGUACGAUGGGAAGUACAGCGUGGAUAGGGAGUGGCUGAACCCAAACCUCACGAUGGAUAGACGUAGCAUAGUUCUCACGCCCGGCCCUGUUCAUCCUGCAAUAGUGGUUGCGCUACUCGCCGUCUGGAGCAUCACCUCCAUUGUGCUAAGCGUAUGGUUCGGCUUCCGAAGAAGGUGGGCGGAGACACUCGACGGUUAUUCGAUGUUCCGUUUCGGUGCCGACUAUGCAAGGCUGCUGCCGAAAGCUUUAGAGGUGGACUUCGGCACCGAGCGCGAAGCGGAGAUCUUGGAAAAGAUACCGGGCCUCAUUGGCGAUGCGAGGCCCGAGUUUAUGCCCGGACGGAUCUCUCUGGUCAGUCAGGCAGGCCCGGGAAGGGGAAAAGCCGUAAAGGCAAAGAGCUACUGGUAG